AUGUGGGUAUCUCGGGCGCGACAGCCGGCGCUUAAUGCCACCGCCAUUUCUCGCCGACUCCGAACGGGUCUCCGCCGAAGCCUUGUCCCUGGACGUCGAUACUAUGCUAGCAGUGACCAGGAAGCUCGUCCACCUUCCUCGAAUUGGUUCAGAAACUCUCUCGGGCUGGCAGGAAUAGCAACCGCUACCUUCCUGAUUUAUUCGUAUGCGACCAAGCCGGAUGAGAGCGAAUUCUUGAAAAGCCUACCGACUCCCUCGUCAACGCCCAUCGAAGAUCUGGAGUACGCGCAGAGGAAACGGAGUUUGAAAAGCCCAGGUGUUUAUUUAUGGGGUACGAACGAAUACCGAGUUGUGGAUCCUAAGUCCAAAGAUUCUGUCGUCAAGACUCCGCGGAGGUUGCCUUUCUUUGAUGGUCAGGUGCUGAGAGACCUCAAGCUCGGGGAAACAUCUGGCGCCGCGAUUAAUGGAAAUGGAGAUCUGGUACAAUGGGGCAAAGGGUACUCGGAGACGGAAUUCAAGCCUACAAAGACGCUUACUGGGAAGAACCUGAUCUCUCUGUCCAUGUCGCAUGACCGUAUCCUCGCGCUGUCCUCCAAUGGCAAGGUCUAUUCGCUUCCGAUCUCGAGGCGCGACCAGGCGUCGGGUCAAAUGCCCGUGGAAAAGUCAUGGCUGCCCUUUUGGUCUGGUACUGCAAAAUUGAGUUAUCGUAUCAUUCAGCCAAGUUUGAAGCUGGGGGAGAAGGUGACCACCAUCAGCGGAGGCCUAGAACAUAUCCUCCUUUUAACAAGUUCUGGUCGAGUUUUUUCCGCCGCUGCCUCCACUGAAAAUUUCCCCUCGUUUGGACAGCUUGGUGUCCCUGGGCUCACAUGGGCGACCAGGCCUAACGGCCCAGUGGACACCUGCCACGAGGUCCAGACACCUCCCGGCACUAAAGUCUCACAAAUUGCAGCUGGUGACUAUCACUCCUUGUUGCUCACCAAAGAUGGUAACAUUCUUGCAUUUGGCGACAACUCUUUUGGACAGCUAGGAAAGCAAUUUGACCCAUCGCUGCCAUUUAGCGCUAGGCUGACCUUUGUGCCCAUCAAAGAGCUCUACCGCGGUGAGCCCCGACUCCCCAGAGUAACCGGCAUUGCAGCCGGCGGUGCCAACAGCUUCUUCACUGUGGAUGUCCAGCAGGCUGGUCUAGCUGAAGAUGUCAAGGGGGUAAGCAAAGUCACCUCCGAUGUUUGGACUUGCGGACGGGGUAUCUGGGGUGCGCUCGGGAAUGGCAAAUGGACACACCUGCAGGACAAGCCCACCAAACUAAAGGCACUGAGUGGAUUAGUCGAGUACGAUGAAGCCACGAAUACGCUGGUCCCGAUCCGCCUAAACGACAUCUCUGUUGGAACGACUCAUGUCUCGGCCGUCCUAGGCAACCAAACGCAUCUAGACCGUCGGUCUGCUUCCACUCUCGACAAGACUCACGACGCAGGUCUCGAUGUGCUAUGGUGGGGAGGAAAUGAGCACUUUCAGCUUGGGACCGGCAAGAGAAGCAACUCUUCCAAACCGGUCCAUAUUCAUGCACCACCAGAAAGAGGAUCAGACAAGGAGGUUGCCAGGCUUCAAAUCAUGCCUCCCCAUCACGCAACGAUUGACAACCGCGAUGUCGACCUGCGACAACGGGUUGAGUGUGGACGCCAUAUCUCUGCUAUCUACUCGGCACCCCAAAAGUGA